CAGAGCUAUUUGAAACCCCAACCUGUAGACACAUCCCAGAGGCAGAGCUCAGAGACCGGGAGGCCCUCACAAGAGUGGCGAGCGUAACUGUGGAGUACAUGAGCUGAUCUGCGUCAGAAAAGUAUCUCCAGAGGUGCUGGGGUUUCUGACAGCCAUCGGCCUCUUCAUCAUCCUCAUGACCCUCCUGUUCUGGUACCUCAACAACAAGUUGGCACUAGAGAACCCAGGGAGCCUUCAGUGCCUUGAUGACUUCAGGAAAAAAAAAGAGCUGCAAGAUAAGGCCUACGCUGACGCCGACCUACAGGGCUCGUCGUCAGACAGCGAGGAUGAAGUGAUGGGUCAGUAUCAGGAAGCGGUCAGCCGCUCCCAGGGCCUCCGGGGAGGAGCCAAGGCGGCGGCGGCGGCGGCUAACACCAAACACGCGGGUGGCUUCAGCUGGGAGAGCCGGCAGAAGUACAGCCCUCUGACUAAUGAUUAUGACGGCUACAGCAGUGAAGCCUCAGCUGACGACGCCAACUGCAUCCAGAGGAUGAGACGAACGCCACCGCUGGAUGAGCUUCAACCACCUCCUUAUCAGGAUGAAAAUGGCUCUCCAAGGAUGUCCUGCACGCUCUCUGACCUGGGAGACGCCAAGUGUGAUCUGUCAUAUACCAGCGGCAGUCCCCACCUGUCCUUUGGCAAAUGCCCAAGUGAGUGCAGCGACGGCCACGAGACUGAGAGUUACCUCAACAAGGGCUACGAGGAGGAUGUACCCAGUGACAGCACAGCUGUCCUCAGCCCAGAGGACAUGUCAGCGCGUGGAUCAGCAGCUCGGCUCCCUAAAGGUUAUGAACCAGAUCCAGUUGCGAAAUUUGGCACUCUGGAUGUGGUGUUUGACUACGACUCAGAGGACCAGCAGCUGGCGAUCACCAUCACGGCAGUGUCGGAUCUCCCUGCUCUCAAACGCACAGGCAACAUCUCCUGGCAGGUCCACCUGGUGCUGCUGCCCACCAAGAAGCAGCGAGCCAAGACCGGCAUCCAGAGGGGUCCGUGCCCAAUCUUCACCGAGACCUUCAGAUUUAGUCACGUGGAGUCAGAGAUGAUCAGCAAUUAUGCCAUCCGAUUCCGCCUUUAUAGUAUGAGGCGGAUGAAGAAGGAGAAGGUGCUGGGGGAAAAGGUGUUCUACCUCACCAAGCUCAACCUUCAGGGCAAAAUGUCUGUGCCGGUCAUAUUAGACCCAUGCUGCGCUCUCCCGGGUGGUGAAUCCCAGGUCAGCCUCUCAGAUAUGACAUGCAGUGAAAGCGCCUCAUCAUUCCAGUCUGUCAGUCAGACUUCCACACCAGAGAUCCUCGUGGGCCUGGUGUACAACGCUACGACAGGACGCCUCUCUGUGGAGAUCAUCAAAGGCAUCCACUUUAAAAACCUGGCUGCCAACAAGCCACCCAAUGGGCUGUUCUGUUGUCUAAAACACUUGAUAGGUGGACAGGUUUAUAUUAUCAGAGAUACAUAUGUUAAGCUGACCUUACUGAACUCCAUGGGCCACGAGAUGUCCAAGUGUAAGACAUCCAUCUGUCGAGGUCAGCCCAACCCGACCUACAAAGAGACGUUUAUCUUCCAGGUAGCUCUUUUCCAGCUGUCGGACGUCACGCUCAUCCUCUCCGUCUACAACAAGCGCAGCAUGAAGCGUAAGGAGAUGAUUGGCUGGAUUUCACUCGGCCUCAACAGCUCCGGAGAGGAGGAGCUCACCCACUGGACUCAGAUGAAAGAGUCUAAAGGACAGCAGGUUUGCCGCUGGCACAGUUUGUUGGAGUCUUAACAGUAAGUGAAGAGAGAAAAACUGCACGGAGAAUCCCAGACGGGCGAGGAAUGGAUUCAGUUGGGAUAGAGCAAUGUGACAGAAGUCCAGGGAACCAGGGAGAUGAAGGAAAACACACAGUCUAACUGGGCACAGAAUAAGCAUUUACAUGUAAAAUCACUGACAGCCGUUGAUUAGUUGAGUGGCUGUAAUGGGUUUAAAUGGAUGGCCUUGUAAUGACCAUUAAGUUUCUGUAGAUGGCACUCUGUUUUUGGAUGUAGAACUAGUUGAGCUGGGACCUGUUCCAAGAAGCAGUGUCUGGAUCAAGUUGUUGAGUAAAUUAUUAUCAGAUAAUUUAGUGCAUCCACACAUCCAGCUCAAACAACUGAUGUCAAGAUUAUCUUAAUUUUCGUGUUGUAUCUCUGUGUACAACAUAAAUCAUUUUUAAUUUAGAAGACAGAACAUGGAUUUACAAAUUAGUAGUAAAUUCAUUUCAGUUUCAUUUAUAUUGCCCCAAAUCCCAAACUUGCCUCAGAAGGCUUUACAGCUUAGGACACCUCUUGUCCUGUGACCUUCACUUUAGGUAAUGAAAAACUCCUGAAAAGGGUGGAAGUAGUUAGUUAUUUACUGUUUUGUCAUGAUCUUUGCUCCACUAUUGUUAAAGGCCUUAAAUACUUAUAUUCCCAGUCAGUUACCUACAGUGUGAUUCCACUGAGAGAAACCUAUGUUUGGGUUCUUGCUGAGUUGGAAAAGGUGACGUCAGAUUUAACAUGCACCAGUCAGGCAACAUUUGAAUCAAAAUCUGAUGACAGUUGUGGGAUUGUUGGCUUAUGCUACCACUAUGUCAAACAAACCACACCCACAGCUUUUGAGAGGCUAACUGUUAACAAAUACUAACUAAAAAGUUAUUAUUUUUCUAAACUUUAACUUUGACUGUUGCUUUGUCAUUCAUUAAAGGAACACAUCACCCUUAAAAUAACCAUUUAUAUAUCAGCUACUCACCCUUUGUUACAUUGAAUUUGUGAAAAAAAACUUGUUUUUCUCACAUCCCCCCACAGUGGACCACAGUAAAACUAUAUGAAAACAUACAUUUUUAAACUUUCAUACAGAUUGUGCAAUAUAAUACAGCUCAGUACACCCCCCCCCCUUUUUUUUCUUUUUUUUCCCUAAAAAUUGGUAUUUAAAUGCAAGAAAAGAUUUCUUCAACAAUUAAAGUUAACAUGAGGUGAGUAGGCUAACUGAUAUACACUGUUGCCAAUAAAGUUGGAAAAAGUUUGAUUUCAGACACAAUCUUCUGUUAAAUGUGGUUUCACUUUCAUUCUGAUAUGUUUGGAAGACAUAGAUUAAUAAAGUUUUGAGAAAAUAUACUGUUUAUCUGUCAAGAACAAAUCACAUUGUCACAUUAAUUUUAAUGGAAAGCGGUCAAAAAUAUUUUAUUCCAACUUUAUGAGCAACAGUGUACAAAUGAUAAUUUAACAGGGCAGCACCAGCAGCAACACCAGUACACUUUUCUAUUUAGCACUUGAGUUUAAAUUUCUCUAGACAUCUGUUGUUUAAGCUGGAGGUGAGGCAACCUGAAGCUACCAUCACACUUGUGCUAGCUUUUAAAUCUUUGUUUGUGGGCUAGAAACAAACUAUUUCUCCCACUCAGGGAAUUUUCAUAAAUUGAAAACAUUCAAUAAUAACAUUCAAUCAAUUAGCAAAUUAAUGGGUUGCAUUCAAACGUGCAGGACUCUCCGAGGAUGGAGCAAUAUUGAAAGACAUUGAAGGCUAUGGAAGCGGAGGCCAUACUGUUCAAGAGAAUGUAUGAAAAACUAAUUUAGAGACUUAAACUGAAUGACUAAACGCUCAUGAAUCCCUCUCAGUCGACACUGCCGAAGCAAAACAACUCACCAUUGUCUGAGCCUCAACUUAAGCAAACAAAAUGAAUCAAUGGCAACAAUAAUUUUAGACAUAUUUUUCAGGCAAAUAAAGUUCACAACACAUAACCUGACAGUGGAAGUUGAUGUUGAGCUGAAGCUCAGCAGUGAUCUCUGAGAAGAAAUAAGCAUUUCACAUUGUUAGAUAUUUUUAGAAAAAAACACCAGUUUGUGGAGGCAGUGACAGACUGAGAUACGUUAUAUAUAGAAACAUGUAGUAGUUACUGUGGCGGUUAUGUGAUCUUGAGUUUCCAUCUACUAUUCAAAAGUCACACAGAAUGUCAAAGGCAUUUUCUUUUUUUUUUUAAAUGGGUAUCUCUUGAAUUAAAAAAUAACUUGGUCCCACAUCACAGCAGUGAAGCUAACAGGUGAGAAGCAAAUGUACCUGUUGACUUUCUUUUACCUGCUCGGGUGCUAAUAAGCCUUGCCUUAUGGGUUAGUCACUUCAUAAAUUUCUGGACCGAGUACACAAACAGACACAGACACACCCUCAGAGCACACAGACCUGCAUCCAUAAUUACAGAAAGCACACACUCAACCUCACUGAAGGGAAUCCAAACACAGGAGCCACAGUGUGCUUUGACAAACUUUCCAGAAUGUCGACAUGCGAAUGGGAUUUUAUUUUUAGCUGUGGCCACUUUCUCACUUCAUUUCAUUUACAGACAACAGAAAAUACAUAUACUCUUUACUGUGCCUGUGGUUGUGGUGAAAACUAGCUUUGUGCAGUGUUUUCCAAGUGGAUGUGUGUGUGUGUGCGUGUGUGUGUGUGCUGACUGGAAAGGUACAGUAAAGGGGGCGUGGGGGGGCUGUGAUGUAGGUAGUUGUUGCAUUUUCUUGUUGGGUGUGACAAUUUCUGAAUUUAAUUACCGAUAUUUAGAACAAAGUGACCCACUUCUUGAUUGUCUGCCAUAUACUUUAUAUACAGUAAAUGUUUUCUUAUCUAUUUUUGUAUCAAUACCGGGGAGGAAAUUGUGUUAAGAAGGUUGAACAGUGAAUCACAUAUUAAGCCACCCUUUGUACAAUACUAUUCUGGAUUGUUUAUUCUGUUACUUUAUUUUAUGUUUUAGAGGAGUUAUGUGUUGUAGCUCUGGUCCUUUUUACAUUCCCUUCUCUAAAACCAGAAAGGGAUGUGAUGGAAACCAGCAGAGCUCAUCUCAACACAAUCUGUCAAGACUUUUCAGCUUUGAUGCUUUUUAACAGUGUGAAAGAGAAGCACAGCCCUUACAGCACAACAGUGAAACACAUUGUGUAAAAGAUAACUUGGCAGCUGCUCACGUGUACAUAUAGAGAUACAUCAUAGUGUUGGGAUUACAAAAAAUGCCAAAAGUAAAAGUCCACUGUUGCAUUAUUUUAUUCAUGAUCAUUUGAUUUGACUUUUGGAAAUGUCUCGCCAGUCAAAAGCCUGCAGAAAAUGGGCAGAGAUCUUGUUGAAUCAACAGAAGGUGUGCAGGAUUAUAAAUAGUGUGAUCUUUCACACUGUCACUGUGAAGAAGCUGAUUUUUCUGCAGCCAGGAAUGAUGAACACUGGGGACAAAAGGCUCUUCACAGAAAUACAUUAUGGCAGAAAAAAUUAGCAACCAAUGAUUGAUUUAAAAUACAGACUCGCACCAAAUAAAUGUCUGUAUAUGAUAUUUAUGUUUGUUUUUAAUGAGGUGACCUCUAUUGGGCUGUAGUAAUUAUGACAGGAGCAAAGUGGGAGUCAGGUACUGAAGUAUAAAGAGCAACAAAGUCCACAUAGGGAUGCAGUUAGGGUGGAUAGAUGGGUCACACAAAGACAGGACUUUGAACCCAAAAUGCAAGUAUGUAGCGUGGUUAUGUACUAAUGUAGUCCCAUAUGUAACCACAUCACAUACUCAGCCUCUUUAACAAACAUACAUAUUUAACUACACGUCCUAAACCACCAAACUCACCGAAAAUAAUAUCUGUGUAGGAUAUUGAUGAAUAUUCAGAUUCUUUGCCUGUAGUGGGCAUAGUAAUUAUGACAAGAGCAAAUGAGGAACUCAGGCAACAAAGUAUGAAGAGCGACAAAGUCCACAUAGGGAUGCAGUGGGGGUGGAUAGAUGGUUACUAAUUUAGGUACGUAUGUAACCACAUCACAUACUUUACCUCUGUAACAAACAUACUUAUUUUGACCCAAACUAUCAACCCAAAAAACAUAGGACUUUGACCCAAGAGACAGGUGUUCAUGUCCCAUCUUUUAAUUUAUGUGCAUAACUACACCCAUAACAAACCAUGACCUAACCAAGUAGUUUUGUUUCACAACGUUUAAUAGAACUGUCAUGUAUGGGGUUUUUAGGUAUGAGGAUGUGUUGCUCUUUUUUGAACAAUAGAACAAGAUAUACUACCAAUCUAAAGAAGCAAAAAUAGGCCUAAAGGAUUUUACUCUUUCAUCUAAAUGUGAAAUUUAGUCACUUCUUUA